AGUAUUCAACAACAAAAUCAAAAAAUUCAAUUAAAUCUCUUUGAAACCAGAGCUAAUGGCAAUGGCGAUGGUGACCCUAACGUUCUCCUUCUUCUUCUUGCUUCUCUCAACCUUCGCUUUCGCUGAUACUGGCUUUGUGGGAAUAAACUACGGAAGAGUAGCGAACAAUUUACCGACGCCGCCGAAAGUGGUGGAGCUUUUGAAGUCAAAAGGCAUAAUCAAAGUUAAGCUCUACGAUACUGACUCAGCCGUACUCACUGCAUUCGCCAACUCCGGCAUAAGCCUCGUCGUCACACUUCCCAACGAGGUUCUCUCCAACGCCGCGAACGAUCAAUCAUUUGCCGACAACUGGGUUCAAGCCAACAUCACAAAAUACUACCCCGCCACCAAAAUCGAAGCCAUUGCUGUAGGUAAUGAGGUGUUCGUCGACCAGAAGAAUACGCCAUUUCUCGUACCCGCUAUGACAAAAAUUUACAACUCUUUGGUUAAGUAUAAGCUUGAUUCUGCUAUUAAAGUGUCUUCUCCCAUAGCUUUAAGCGCGUUGAAUAACUCGUACCCGGCUUCUGCGGGUAUUUUCAAACCCGAAUUGGUCUCGGUUGUGAAACCCAUGUUGGAAUUGUUACGUAAAUCAGGGUCAUAUGUUAUGGUUAAUAUUUACCCCUUUUUCGCUUACUCAGCGAACUCAAAAGAUAUAUCUUUAGACUAUGCUUUGUUUAAAACCAACCCGGGUGUGGUGGAUUCCGGUAACGGGUUGAAAUAUUCCAACAUGUUGGAAGCCCAAGUGGACGCAGUUUACGCUGCCAUGUCAGCAAUCGGUUUCAAUGACGUGAAGUUGACCGUGUCUGAAACGGGGUGGCCUUCGCUCGGCGACGAGAAUGAGAUUGGCGCGAGCAAGGAGAAUGCGGCGGCGUACAACGGAAAUCUAAUGGUCACAGUUCAGUCCGGCAGGGGGACCCCUGUAAGACCAAAGGACCCACUCAACGUUUAUUUGUUUGCUUUGUUUAACGAAAAUCUCAAACCGGGUCCCACUUCGGAAAGGAACUACGGUCUGUUUUAUCCCACCCAAGAGCAAGUAUACGACAUGCCGUUUACACAAGGGCAAGGCCAAUCUGGUAAUUCAACAACGAUUCGCGAUCAGGUGCCGAGUCCGGCGAGUAGCCCAAAUCCCAGAGUGACAACGAAUUCAACGGGUCCGGACGUGACCCCAACUCCGACCUCGACCCCAACCUCCACCCAGGGGCAGAGUUGGUGUGUGGCAAAUGCUAACGUGGAGGUGAGCAAGCUACAAAACGGACUAGAUUACGCAUGCGGAGAAGGAGGGGCUGAUUGCCGUCCGAUUCAAGAAGGUGCCACGUGUUACGAUCCCAAUACGUUGGAGGCGCAUGCAUCAUACGCCUUCAACAGCUAUUACCAGAAGCAGGGUCGUAAAGCUGGAUCGUGUAAUUUUGGUGGAACCGCCCGCAUGGUGAAUGAACAUCCUGGAUUUGGUGGGAAUUGCGAGUACCCAACAGGAUAUUGAGCCUUAUUCGUGUUUAUUUUACGGAUUACGAUUAUAAUUCUUUCUUUAAUAGAUAGUAAAAUAGUAAUGUACAAUUUUACUUACAUUUAUAUAUAUAUUAAUGUCAUUUAUUAUAUUGUUU